GCACCAUCGAUUAAAGUCUGCAAAAAACUAUUGCAAACAGCUGGAUUUUGCCAUUGAUGGUCAGAAAGGGAACAUCACUGAUAAAGGCAUUCUUUCAAUGACACCAGAAGAAUUAUACUUAGAAUACGAAGAAGUGAACAAGCUGACUGAUGAAUUACAGGCAGCCAUCCAGAGCUACAAAGGUCAUCUCUCUAAACUUGCCCCACAAUUACAAGCUGAGCAGGAACAGUGUACCUCUUACAUCUAUCAACACAUUAAAAGACUUCCAGCAAAUACAGGUCUCCCACAAGGCCUGCAGCUAAAGGUACAUGAAAAUGGCAAGGACACGGGGGAGAUCCUUGUUUAUGUCAACAAACAAGAAAUAGAAAAUUGCAGGAAUCAACCCAGUGCUCUGAUGGAGAGAUUAUUGCACACGAUUCACCAAAGACUUCAAUAUUCAGCCGACUUCAAAUCGUCAGGCCUCAAUUGUAUUCCUGCCCAGCUUUUUGAUGAGAAAGGACAAGAAAUUAAAAACCCACUUUUACUGAAGAAUGAGCAAAAAAUUUGGUUUUCUUAUGGUAAAGAUUACAGGUCUCCCUUAAACUGUGUUCUGAGUUUGACCUUUGACAAAGUGACUGCAGCUGAAAAGGAUGGUAUCACAGUUAUUUAUAAAAGUCUUCCGGAUCAUAAUGCUGAUCUGCUGCCAGGAUUUGACAAGAAGGCCUAUAUGAGCACAUCCCUUUUCUUAUCUGAAAACAAGGGUGAUUGGUGUUCAGCUGGAAUGAUUCUGAAUCGAGCUAUGGUACAGAGCUGUCUAGCUGUUGGUCAGCCAAUCAGAGUUGAGAUCAGUGAUGGUGUACCUCUAGAAGGAUGCAAGCUGGCAGUACAGCAAAGAUACCCCACAACUAAAGGGCAGAAGAAGCUUCUGGUUAAAGAGUUGAUAAACUUACAACAGCUCAUGAAACUUCUUGCUCAACUGUCAAAUGGAAUGUUGACUGAAAAGGAUCUCAUUAGAUGA